GACGUCACGCCGGCGGUGCCCCGCCCUUCCUUCCGUCCCCGAGUGACUGGUCUGUGUGUGCGGCAGUCUGGCAGCGGCAGCGGCGGCGGCGGAGGAGGAGGAGAGCACGGCUGGGGCUGCUCCCGGUCCCCCCCAUCACUCCACCGGCAUCCCUCAUACAGCCCGCACAGCUACACCUCCCCCCGGAGCCCCCCUCCCUCCAAUCCCUAUCUAUAGGUGUGGGGGGGUCCCUGCAGGACGCGAGAGGGGGGAGGGUGCACCAGGCGUGGAUUCUCUCACAUUCAUGAUUAUGGGCGACAAGAAGAGCCCGACCAGGCCAAAACGGCAAGCUAAGCCUUCAGCCGAUGAGGGAUAUUGGGAUUGUAGCGUGUGCACUUUUAAGAACAGUGCUGAAGCUUUUAAAUGCAAUAUCUGCGAUGUCCGCAAAGGAACUUCUACCAGGAAGCCCAGAAUAAACUCGCAGUUAGUUGCCCAGCAAGUUGCCCAACAGUAUGCCACACCACCACCUCCGAAAAAGGAAAAAAAAGAAAAGAUGGAAAAACCCGAGAGGGAGAAAACCGACCGAGAAAAAGUAGAAAAGGACAGGCCUGAGAAGGACAAGUUGGACCGGGAUAAAGUGGACCGGGACAAGUUGGACCAGGACAAGAUGGACCAGGACAAGAUGGACCAGGACAAGAUGGACCGAGAGCAACUAGAUCGCGAGAAGCUGGACCGAGAGAGGCUAGAUCGUGAAAAGAUAGAUCGAGAGAGACUGGACCGCGAGAAGCUGGACAGAGAGAGGCUGGAUCGUGAAAAGAUGGACCGAGAGAGGCUGGAUCGAGAGAAGAUGGACAGGGAGAAAAAUGACCGCGAGAAGCACGAUAGGGAGAGGCUGGACAAGGACAAGAAGGACCGAGAAAAGCUGGACAAGGACAAGAAGGACCGAGAAAAGCUGGACAAGGACAAGAAGGACCGAGAAAAGCUGGACAAGGACAAGAAGGACCGAGAAAAGCUGGACAAGGACAAGAAGGACCGAGAAAAGCUGGACAAGGACAAGAAGGACCGAGAAAAGCUGGACAAGGACAAGAAGGACCGAGAAAAGCUGGAUAAGGACAAACCAGAAAAAGAGAAAAUUGAAAAAGAGAAACCAGAAAAAGAACAUAAAGUGGAAAGAGAGAGACACGAAAAGCCAGAAAUUAAUAUAACUGCAAGUGUUGUCAAAAAGACCACUAAUAAAAAGACCAGACCAAAGCUGGAUAUUCACAGAGACCCACAAAACGAAGUGAACAGUAUUCAGUCUGCAAACGCUACAACGAAGAUCAGCAACUUUAAUCACACUUCAAGACCCAGACUGAAGAACGUGGACAGGAGUACUGCACAGCAGCUCGCAGUAACAGUGGGCAACGUGACCGUAAUAAUCACAGACUUUAAAGAAAAGACUCGUACCUCCUCCACCUCGUCAUCCACAGUCACAUCCAGCGCAGGCUCGGAACAGCAGAACCAGAGCGGUUCCGGAUCGGAAUGCACAGACAAGGGUUCCUCCCGUUCUUCAACACCUAAGGGCGACCUCUCUGUUGUGAAUGACGAGUCUUUCUGAAGAAAAAAAUAAAAAGGAAAAAAAUAUUGCACAUACAUUUGGCAGAAGAGACUCUGAAUCGGGGCCAGGAGUUCCCAGACCCCCAACUGCCUCUGUCUGUUUAUAUUCCUGGAUUAUUAUUAUUAUAAUAUUAUAUAUAUUAUAUAUUUUUUUUUUUAUUAUUUGUUCAGACUGAAUUUUUUUUCCCCACUCCUUUUCUGGACCCCAACCUGUUGCGUUCUCUGCUAGGACAAUUCUCCUCAAACUCCGGAUUGUGGCAACCAUAAACUUCGUACCCUCAACAA